UCGGAACCAGCUGAUUAGAGCCUGCUGUGUUUGAUUUCGCUUUCCCAGUGUUUUUGCGUACAAACCACUCAGUCCUUAUGAACAAAAAUGCUCACAUCUACCGAAGCACAAUGCGUGGCCUGCGAAAGUGCCCCAGUUGCGGUGGAUACAAUGGGAAUCGUGCGAAAGGCUGUGCCAACGCGAAGUGUUCCUUGCAUUACUUGAAAAAAGGACCAGACCGGAAGAAGCCCCUGAUAGACGCCAUACAGCUGGUUUCCUAUAACGAUACCAAGAUUUUCAGCGUACGUGUCCGUGAUCGCGAUCCUGCCCAACGGAACUUUGUCCAGAUCGUCGACGUAACCCUGACCGCAGACCAGGACGGAAGCAUAGUGAGUCGGAACGCGAUCUGCUUUGUGGACACCUGCAAGUACGACUCUACCGACCUGAACAUCAGCUGCAAGCAUGUGAAGAGUGCCUCGGAGUGCUUGAAACAAGCCACGGAAAUAAAGGUUUCAAGGGACGUCCUGUACGCAAUGAAUAUCAGCACGGAGAUGAAGGACCAGCUUUGGAGUCAGUACUGUGAAUAUGAGCAGAUGAUCCCCGCUGUUCAACGAAUUAACAAAUCUACGUUCGUGGUUAAGUGCAAGGCGAAUGCAGUGCACGCCGCAGGACGGCUUCAUGCCACAAUAUCGGCGGAUGACGAAACCGAAUCGAAUUUCUCUUGCGGCUGCAAGAAGUUGAGGAUAAUCCUUUCGCCGAACAAUUCCGUUGUUAUGGAGAGCGCGACCUGCGACCAUUUAAUGCUGAUUCUGGCGGGAUUGCUGAGUUCAGAGUCUAUACGUAAGGAUUACCAAAAGUUCAUAAAUUCGUUGAGCAAUUUAUGGGUUGCGGAGAGCUUCAGUGUUGGGGAUAGUUUGCUGCAGUCAGAGGAUCUCAUCAGUUUUUCCGAGAACAUUCUAAACUCCUGCAUUGAACUAACUUCAGCUGACAAUUCAUCUGAUCAAAAGAUUUUCGAUUCGGAUCCAACAAUGCAAACAAGUGCUGAGAAUCGCAUGGAAGACGAAGAAAUCCAGCUGGUCAGCGUACCAACAAAUAAGGAUGAAAUUACCACAGAGUUUGAGACUGCCAACUUGGAAUUGGCUGAGUGCCAAAUUGAACUGAUGGAUCAAUUCAAAUUAACAAAUCAAAUUGAUUUAUGCAACGACGAUAUUCAGUUAUGUGAAGCUGACUUAUUUGCUGAGAAUCAUAUUGUAUGCAACAUGGACCAAGCGUCCCAAGGUGAUAGUAUUCAAGUCUACGAAAAUGCCGUAAACAGUACAGUGAACAAGUGUUCGCGAAAUUCAGUGAGUAAUGUUGGAGCAAGUCCUCAAGUCGAGAAGCAAAAAGAAUCAUAUACUUCAACGGGAGGGAUUAAUUCUAAUAUUGUUGUGGAAAAUACUUUGGAAUUCAAUUCCUGGCUGAACUUUGUAAUCGAACGCAUUAAUUCUGCAAUCGAUAUCAACACGGAAACAUCAAACAUUGCCCAGAGUUAUGAUAUGAAACAUGAUUUCUUCACGUGCCUUAGUAGUAAAUUUUCCGUUGGCGAUAAACGCCGCAUCCCAAAUAAUACAACAAUGAUUAAGAAAGGCCGUUACAAGGGCCUCGUGAAGUCAACAUGGAUAUUUACCACAUCAUCGGCAGUGAAGCGCAUUUUCAGCACAAAUGAGUCAAGUGUGGAUCUAGAGCAUGUAUACAUAGAAAAGUCGCCUGGCUGUUAUGUACCUUAUGAUGCGAGCAGUGUUCUAGAGAGUCAUGCAGAUACGCAGAAUAAGAAAUUGAAAAGAAUCCUACCCUCGAUGUUCAAAGCCUUCAUACAGUUUGGAUCAAAGAACAAAACAUCAACAGGAGGGUUUGCAAUUGAAUGGAUUCCAAAUGUUUUUCCCAAAAGUCGAUUUGGGGUAAUGCGUAUUCAAUUUACUUUAGGUUUUAAGAAGAAUAACAAAAUUAUAGAAAAGUUCACACCCGUAGGAUCGUAGGAUACAUUGAAUUUUUGUGAUAGUGCGUAAGGAUAUUUAUUA